AUGAGCUGUGCUAUUUCUUAUUACCUUCUGUUUGUUUUUCCAGGCUGCAGACUCUUGGCUGUGGAGCUGACAUCCAGCAACACCAAGCCCGUGGUGCAGGAAUUCCAGAGUGUCGAGCUGUCCUGCAUCAUUAAGUCCACCAUAACACCAGAUCCCAGGAUCGAGUGGAAGAAGAUCCGAGAUGGCGAAACCUCUUAUGUAUUUUUUGACAAUAAAAUGCAGGGAGACUUUGUGACUCGUGCAGAAAUCCUGAGCCGGACGUCGCUGGUGAUUAAAAACACCACCCGGAUGGACACCGCCACGUACCGCUGCGAGGUGGCAGCACCUUCUGAUACCAAAACCAUCGAUGAGAUAAACAUCCAUCUCACUGUCCAAGUGAAACCGAUGACUCCGAGAUGCACUGUGCCUAAAGCUGUACCAGUUGGCAAGACAGCCUCUCUCCACUGCCAUGAGAAUGAGGGGUACCCAAAGUCCACUUACAGCUGGUACCGCAACAGCGAACCACUAUCGCCAGACACCAAAUCCAACACCAGGCACCACAAUUCCUCCUACACCGUGAACCCCACCACAGGCACUCUGGUUUUCCACGCUGUGCACAAAGGUGACACGGGCCGUUACUCCUGCAUAGCGACAAAUGAUGCUGGCUUUGCCAAGUGUGAGGAGCAGGAGAUGGAAGUCUAUGACCUCAAUAUUGGUGGGAUAAUCGGUGGAGUCCUGGUGGUCGUAGCCGUUUUGGUGCUCAUCACUCUUGGUAUCUGCUGUGCCUACAGAAAGGGUUACUUUGCAAACGGCAAAGAGAGCGGGGAAAGCUACAAGACUCCAGCAAAACCUGAUGGCGUUAACUAUAUCCGGACAGAUGAUGAGGGUGACUUCAGACACAAGUCUUCAUUUGUCAUCUAAGACACCAAAAGAAUAUUGCAAACCAGCAAAAGCAAGUGUGAAAAUACCUCCUCCAGGAACUCAAAGAGAGAGCAAAGGAUGAAAUUAAGUGCGCUUGGAAGAGUUUGGAACACACAAGGACUUGAUAGCUAUCUAUCUGUGUAUCUUUUUUUUCUUUGCCAAAGUUUAAAGUAACUCCUCACUGCCCAACUUGUGUCUUCCCUGCCUCCGGAGAUACCAAGAGGAUCACCUAAACCUGUCCUUGGACUAAGGAAGCGUUUUAAUACUUCCCAAGAGACUGGGCUGUGGAAGUUUGUGGAAUUGCCUUCUAUUUGUGCUGCAGGGACACAGCCACAAUGUGCAAACCAACCAGGGGAACAGCCUAGUAGAAACGUGUAGUAGACAUGACUAGUAUGUAUUACUAGUAGGCAAAAAAAGGUGCUGAUAUAGCAAUAGAUGAACUUCAAAGAAUAAGAUUUAUCCAUGCAAAGGGGAAGUCUUCCUCUCAGCAGCUUGUUGCCCAGGCCUGGCUGGUGACUUUUA